AUGGGCCAACCUGCUCGCGUUGCACAAGUCACGCCCAAGUACAACCACAAGCAGCCUGCCAAAAUAGUAGAAGGUGGGGAGGGAAACGGCAGUACGACUCGGUUAGACAACCCGCAGCAAUGGGAGACCAGUAAGCACCCCAUGUCAACCUUCGUUUCAUCUGGCAUGGGGGGUGGAUGA